UUGGGCUGAUAUUCUUUAAAUCAAAUUUGUUUUUUGGCUGUGUCUAAUGUGCAUACAUUCAUAUAUGUGUAUGUGUCUCAAAAACACCUUUGAUUUCAACCUUCUUGCAGAUAUCAAAUGAGCUAAUUUGCUCGAUAAAUCAUCGAAAUUACAUUUAAAGCCCUCCGAAUGAAAAAAGAUACAAAAUAUGUGCCGUUCGACUUGAUGCCUGUGUCAGUUGUGUCUCAAUCACCAUUUCAGUACUUUCGUGUCGCAGUCAAGUGUUUGACAGCAAAAUAGCGUUGUUGCAAAAAUGUCAUCCUCGUAUUUAUAUCUACUCCUGCUAGUGGGAUUGCUAGCUAACCAGAUCACAGCUCAGGACUCGUCAACAACAUCUGCUCCGCCAUUGUCAACACAAUAUUGCAAUGAAUCAUCAAACAUGGCUUUCGAUAUCGAACAGAUCUCUGGCACUUGGUACGAAUUGGCACGCAAUCCUGCUCCUAGUAACAGCUUACUCUGCGCACAAUUAAAUAUCACAGCACUGCCUAAUAAUUUUGUAAACAUCUCAUUCACAUAUUCAAAUACAGCAACUUAUCCUUGGGUUAACCAAACCAUGUAUUCUAAUGUUACGGUGGACGCAAACAACACCGCUGGUUAUAAUAUUUCAUUUACAAUGUAUGGAAAAUCAUAUCCGCUGACGACAUAUAAGGUGCUUGACACAAACUACAACAACUAUACCUUUGUUUGCGGUUACACCAACAUAUCGGACUAUAGCACAUUCUUCGGUGUAGUUUUGACACGUGAGCGUAUUUUGAAUUCCAGCAUACUAACCGACUAUGAAAGUAUAGCCGAAGCGAAAUAUGGCCUUUUCAGUACUAAAAGUAUGACGACCAUUUCACAAACUGCAGAAUGUUCUUCAAAUAAGGGAGUUGCUACUAUACAAAUGGUUUCGUCUGUGGUUGCGUUCUGCUUUGCUGCUGCUGCUUUGCUUGUUUGAAAGAGUUGAAGGGUCUUACACAGUACAUACAUACAUACCUACGUACUUAAAUGCCAAAAUGUAUAAUCAUUGCUAAAUGGUAAAAUAUAUGUAAACUGUUUAAUUAUUUUACAAUAAAGUGCAGUAGGCUUUU